AUGAGAAACCAAGCAGCGCUGGCAAUGUCUGCUCUGCAAUUAUUCACUCCUGCCAUGCUUGCAGUGGGCAUCUUCCUGCUGAAGUCGAUCAUAUCGCCAACGCUCGGCGUCGUCCCUGUGGACAUGACAGGUCAGGUUGUGAUCGUGACAGGAGGAAACAGUGGCUGCGGGCUAGAGACCGUCAGGAUGUUGGCUGGAUGGAAUGCUACUGUGAUCAUGGCCUGCCGCGAUGAGAAGCGAGGAGAGAUGGCGGCAAAGGACGUGCGAUCUUCUUUGAGCCCUUCGAGCAAGGGGGAGGUGCUGGUGUGGAAACUUGACCUUGAAUCCUUCGAUAGCAUUCGAACUUUCGCUCAGAAGUUCCGAGCAAGCGGCAUGCAACUGAAUGUGCUGAUAAACAAUGCGGGGGUGCGAUACCAUGCUUUGGAAAUAACGCAAGAUGGAAUAGAGCUGCACUAUCAGCGCCGGAUGAAGGAGAGCGUCGAAGGAGUCUACGGAGACACCAAAUUGAUGCAGGUGGUGAUAUCGAGGGAGAUGGAUCGAAGGCUGUCCGAGUACGGCAUCAACUCCUACGCUGUGCAUCCAGGCGAGAUUUCGCACUUGUCGGCCAUCAUGCUCCAAACUUUCCUUGUCCUCACUAGACCCCUGCUUGCCAGAGACCCGAUGCAGGGGGCGAUGACCCAAGUGUAUGCGGCUACAUCUCGUGAGCUCGAGGGACGCGGGGGACUAUAUCUUGAUAAUUGCAAAGUCGCAACUGCGUCAACUCUAUCCCAGGAUGCAGCACUGGCGAAAUGGCUGUGGAACACAAGCAUGGAUCUGAUUUCUGUUUGA